AGGACAGUUAUACUUUCUAUGAUGGUCAUGGAAAGUAUUAUUACAUCAACUCUCCUUGCAGGACUGUUUUCUCUUUGUCUCUGUGGGCAUCAGCGUCCAUACGUCUUUUUUGACACUCCAAAAAGCUGGACGGAGGCACAGAGCUACUGCAGAGAAAACUGCAACGACCUAGCGACCAUUACAGAUAUGAAAGACAUGGAUAUGGUUCUGGAAACUGUUGGACAGAACUACGUUGAUGCUAUUUGGAUUGGGCUCCACAUGGGCAACAGAAGAAGCUGGCACUGGUCUCUUGCAGACAAGAAUUUCUACAAGGAGGGAUAAACAGAUUAUUUUACAUGGGGCUCCACGACAUCUACAAAAAACGGCGCAAUUUAUGAAAACGGACAACUGAAUAUAUCGCCUUGUACGGACAAUAUGUAUUCAGUGUGUUUUGAUGGAAAAAAACAAGGAGCCGAUCAAUACAUCCUCUCUCCAAUCCAAAUGAGUUGGACCGCUGCUCGGGAUUUCUGCAGGAAAAACCACACAGACCUGGUCAGCUUGAGGAAUGAUGCAGAAUACCAGACAGUCAAGGAUGUAUCCAAUGGACAUGCUGUGUAUGUUGGCCUGUUCAGAGACCGAUGGGAAUGGUCAGACAUGACAGAGUCUUCAUUUAGGUACUGGCAGGAAACCCAACCAGUUCACACCACUGACUCAAAUGACUGCAUUGCUCUUUUGAAGAGUAAAUUUGGUAAAUGGGGAGACAGGCUCUGCACAGAAAAACAUCCAUUCCUCUGCAAUUGCAAAACCGAUCAUUUCUUGCAUUUCAUAAAACUGAGAAUAAGUCCACAGGUCAACUCUAUGCUGGAUUUACAAGACCGUGCAGUGCAAAACAACAUCUUGAAACAGAUAAGGCUGAAAAUAAUUGAGAACAUACCAGCAAGGAUCACUCUUCAAUGGAGAAACAAUUCGGAUGGCAAAGUUUUCAUCAAGCAACCUGCUGUAAAUAUUCCAUGAUAGAAACAAAGUCAUGAAAGGAAUAGAUCUUCAUAAAACCCUCUCACAAUACAGCACUCUAGACCUCUAGCAAAGGUGUUUUGUAUU